AUGUCUAACAUGAUUACUUUAGAGCGUUUAGAUUCAGAGGACCUUGAUGAAUUCAAUAAUAUGGAGAGCAAGGAUCAGCCAAAUUUAGAUCUUAAGAUAAUCACUAGCAAGGAUAAGAAAUCUGGUCUGAUCUCAGUUAAAGCGAUUGAAGAGAGAUUUAAAAAAGGCAAUAUAGGGGGAGCAACUGGUUUAGAAGGUUUUAACAAAAAUUAAAACAAAUUCACUUGUGACUAGCAAAAGAAAUUGCACUCUGGAAUAGUUGCUUAUAAUCAGCAUAGUAUUAGGAAUGAUAAGCAAACAAAGUCGCAGUUGAAUUUAGAUUAGAAGAUGAAUCAGACUUAAAAUCCACAAAUUCACUAUGAUAGAAACUUAAUGAGCCCAUAAUCUUUAAUGAAUUAGCAAAGAUUGGGAAAUAAGAUUGGAUUUUAAUCUACCCAAAAUUUGAAUGAUAAUGGUAUAGUCGUUCCAAAGACUACAGGUGGUAACAAUUUCACAAAACUUGUGCCUAUGUAAGUUAGUCUUGAAAUGGUGGAAGAUGAUUCUAAAAGGAAUCAAAAUAACAGCAACUCUUCAUUCUAAAGUCAAAAUAGCAAUAAUAGAAUAUCAAAUAUGAGACAAUCUCAGAUGUCUCAUUAUCAUUAACAUCAAAACUAAUCGAAUAUGAAUUAAAGCAAUCUUCAGGUUGUAAUGAAUUCAAGCGGCAAUUUUUCUUAAGAGUAAUCUUAGAUUUUGGCCUAAUAGCAAGUACCUUAACAACAGUAUUCCUAAUAAUAGUAAAAUUAUUUACAGCAGCCAUCAAAUCUUAAUCUGCCGUAAAUGAUUCAGAUACAGGAUUUACUCAAGUUAAAGCCACCAGAAUGUGACUGUCUCGAAAGACUAAGACUCAAAGUAGAAUAAGAAUUGGACAAGCUAAGAGGGGAAUUCAGGAAGAAAGAAGUAGAUUUGAUAGCACCCUUGCUGAAUAAAUAUACUAUGAUAGAUAGAAAGAUCGAGAUAAUACAGGAUUAGAUGACAUAGAGGUUGAGGGAACAUGAAUCUGGAAUUCUAUUGCAAGAACAGACUAUAGGACUAAUACUGAACACACUUCAAGAAUUUAAAAGCAAAGGAUAGGACAGACUGAAUACCACAAGAGAUAGUAAUACUGGGGAAUUGAAAAACACAACUAAUUAUGAAGGAUUUAAGCCUGACUGUAGUUUUCAGAAUAAUAUGCAGAGAUAUGAUAUGCCCUUGCAGCAAAGAAGCGAUGAUAAUCUUAUAGCUCAUGUCUAGAGUAUAUAUUAGGCUAAUAAAUAGUAGCCAAUGCCUGAUUUGAACGGGGAUUAGUCUAUUCAUGUUGAGGAAUCGUUGCAAGUCAGUUUUAGGAAUAUGAAUAACAAAAGUGUGCAAAGGAAAAAUACCUCUGCUGGCAGUUAAACCAAUUAGCAAUCAUAGCAAAUGAAAGACUGUGGGUAUCAGAGUAAUACUUUAAAGGACUAAUCACUACUUAAUUCAUCUGGAAGCUCACCUAUAGAUGAUAUUGAAAUUUAAUAGAACAGAGACUAGAUUUCAAUGUCUGCUUUUGAGAUGUCAAAGUAAAAUGAAUUUAAAGACAGAAUAGAAUAAUUCUCAGAUAGAUGUUUAAGUUAGCAAUAAUAAUCUGAGAUGCUAGUUAGAGAAAGAAGCGCUGAGCAAUUAUAGUUGUCAACUGGAAAACCAAAAUCAUCUAGAGUAAAUGGAAUGAGAACAAACAUUCAAUCUCAUUUGACAGAUAAUACAACAGAGAGUCUUAAGCUUAUUUAAUCAAUUGAUGAUAAUUAAAACCUUGGAAGUUCUCUGAAGAAGUCUAGUUAGAACAGACUCUUUUCUCCAACUAGCUAGUUUUCCUAAUCUAAUAAGAACUUCUUUUAAACCGCAAACCUUCAAAGGCUUAGUACUACUCUUCAAAGCAGGAAAAGCUCUAAUAAUAAGCACAAGAAAAAAGAAAUGCUGAGUUAAAACAGCCCAGAAAUUUAAGAUAACUUAUAAUCUUUUGACUGGCAAAAACUUAAUACAACUCAAAAGGUGAGUUAGACCUUAGCAUAAAAAAUCAUUAAGAACAACUCAAAAAAUAAUGAUAGCUCGAUUCAUAAAAAAUUCAAACCAUUAAAUAGGAUAAGCAAUCAAAUCUAGUCAGACAAAAACACUAGGAAAAAUUCUCCAAGGAAUAAAGAAAUGAACAAGAGCAAUGCCUUACUAUACAAUAAAAGAGACUCCACUGGUUAAAAUCAGCAUCAUUCCCGCACCAAUAGCAUGAGUAGAGCUCUAGCUCAGAAACGAAAUUAAGAAUAGUAGAAUUAUAGCUAAACUCAGAAAUUAAAAAAGAUGUAAACAGCCAAUAAUGAUAGAGGGAGACUACAGUAGCAUGAGGAUGACUUAUAAAAGUAAAGUGUAGACAUGACGUUCUACUCCUUCACUAAGAUGAAUUAAAAUGAUUCAUCAGCUUAGCUUGAGGAAUAGCUUUAGGUCGAGUUGGAAGAGAAUGAAAAAAAUUCAGUACUACAAGAGUAUUAACUAAAAACAGCUGCUGGAGCGGCUAGUCAUCACAAAGUCCUCUCAAAUGACUCAAAAAAGCUCAAAAUGUAAACCCCAAAUAGUUAUGAGGAGUUUUGGAAAAAAUGA